AUGGCUGUCCUCUCUCUUAUGACAUUGGCCUUGGCCUUUUCCUCCCAGGCCAUGGCCCGCCCUCGCCCUCGCCCUCAGGGCUUCGGUGAUUUCCCCGGUGGUUUCCCCGGCAGCGGACUCGGUGGUGACAUCCCAACUGGUCUGCCCAGCGGCAUUGGUGGUGGUGCUGGCGGUCUUCCCACUGGCUUGCCCACUGGUAUCAUCCCUGGUGGUGAUUCUGGUAGCCUGCCUACUGGUCUUAUCCCCGGCGGCGACGGCGAGUCGCCCAUCCAGACCCCCGGCGCUGGCUUCGGCGGCAACUUCCCCAGUGGCGGCGGUAGCUUCCCCAGCGGUGGCUUCGGUAACUUCCCCGGCAGCGGCAGCGGCAGCGGCAGCGGCGAUGUCCCUAUCCAGACUCCCGGUGCCGGCUUCGGUAGCGGAGACGACUCCAUCAUCCCUACCGGCGGCUUCGGCGACAUUGGUGCCCGUGACGCUGCUCAAACUCCUGGCGCCGGCUUUGACUUCCCUACCGGCGGCAGCGACGGUGGUGACUCUCCUGCUUUCCCAACCCAGAGCGGCGGUUUCGGUGGCUUCCCUGGUAGCGGCAGCGACGACGAGGCUCCCGUUCAGACCCCCGGCGCCGGAUUCGGUGACUUCCCCAGCGGCUUCCCCAGCGGCGAUGCUCCCGCUUUCCCUUCUCAGAGCGGAGGUUUCGGUGGCUUCCCCGGAUUCGGCGGUCGCCAUGGUCACCACAGCGGCUCCGAGGAUGGGCCUGCCCGAACUCCCGGUGCUGGCUUCGGCGGUUUCCCCGGCGGUGAUGCUACCGACGCUCCCGCGCCCACGCUUGUCCCUACCCCCGGUGCCGGCCAGGGUGGCUUCCCCGGCACUGCUCCCGGAGGCAGCAUCCCGACCUUCAUCGCUACUCCCGGCGCGGGCUUCGGUGGUGGUGAGGGCGCUCCUUCUGGUGCUCCUGGUGCCAUCCCUACCUUCAGCGCUGCUCCCGGAAACGGCGCUGGCAACUUCCCCGGCGGUGACGAUGACAGCCAGGAGCAGCCCACUGGUGCCAACGACGCUCCCGGUGAGAUCCCCACCUUCGCUGCCACUCCCGGCGUCCCUCUCGGCGACAACGACCAGGCCACUGUCGCUCCCUCUGGCUUCCUCACCCAGACCCGACCAGCUUUUUAA